GUCUCAAAUGUGCUGAAUAAAAAAGAAGGCAGAACGGUUUUCUUUUUCUUUUCAUUUUUAACAAAUAUUCAUUUACCGUUCAAAGCGUCUUUCGUCUUCAUCUACUAUAUUAGAACGUUUUCUUCAAACAAAUGUCUGUACUAUCUGCGAAAGAGUUAAAUCAAUUAUCAGAUGAAACUGGUUUAAGUAAAGCCCUGGUUCAACAAUGGCAUUCAAGAUUCAUCCAGGCCUGUCCUUCAGGCACUCUCACACGUGAGCGCUACAUACAUUUAUAUCGUUCUUUUUACCCACGGAUACGUAUGCACAGAUGAUGUUUAAUUCUUUCAAUGAUAAUCGUGAUAAUUCUCUAAGUUUUCGUGAAUUUCUUCGUGUUGUCAGUGUUAGUCAAGGAACGGAUGAAAAAGCAAAACUUGAACUCGCAUAUAAAGCAUAUAAUCGAAACAAUAGUGACACGCUGAAUCGAAAAGAAUUUCAGCAAGCUGUGCAUGCUAUUCUUGAUUUGAUUGAAACUCGCGAGAAUAAUGGUGAAGAAAAUGUACACAAACGUGAUGAUACAUUACAAUGGGCUAUGAAAAAGUUGUCAUUGGAUGAGAAAGACGAUAUAGCCAAAAAAGAAUUUGUUCGACGCUGCACAAAAGACGAAAAAUUAUAUGAAUUUUUAGCCUUUCAUUCCGUUCCGAAACCUAACUGUAGUGAUUCAAACUUGAAUGGUAAAGAAAAGUGGAAAAUCGCGGUAAAAACUGGUAGUGAAGGAAAGAAAAUCAUUCGUGGCGCCGGCACGGAUGCAAAUGUCUAUCUGAAACUGGUUGGGGAACAAGGGAGUACCGAACCUAUUCAGCUACAACAUUCUCAAACACACAAAAAUAUGUUUGAAAAUGGAAAUACUGAUGUGUUCACAAUGUUUUUGCCGGUUGUUGGUAAAGUGAGAGGUGCAACAUUGUGGCAUACAGGUAAUAAGGAUCAAGGAUGGUUCGUAGAUACACUCACCGUUGAAAAUGAAUCGACGAAUACGCAGACACACUUUCCAGUACAACGAUGGCUAGACCUUGAUCAAUUUGAUGGCAAAACAAAAGUUGAUUUAGUACCUAAUCAACCUCCAGGUUAUACACCAAAAUAA